AGCGCGCAUGCGCACAGAUGCAAAGCGGCCUACUUACCUGACCAAGCGGGCGGCUGGGCGCGGCGGGAUCGGGAGGCGUCUGAGCAUGCGCGGGGAUCUCGGCGGCCUCUCAGGGCGCAUGGGCGCGGGGUGUGGCGAGAUGGAGGCGGGCGCUUCCGCCGCUCGGCUCUCCCCGCUUGCCAAGAUGGCGUCGUUGGCGCCGAAGGGCCUGCUGGUCCCGCAUCUCCUCCCCGAGAGCUGCUACGACGAGCUCUUCCUGCGGCUCAACUUCUUGCACAUUCCAUGCCUCAAGAUCCUGAUCAGCAAGGGACUGGGAUUUGCGAUCAUUGCUGGCUCACUCAUGGUGAAGCUUCCCCAGAUCCUGAAGAUCGUGGGGGCCAAGAGUGCCGAGGGGCUGAACUUCAACUCUAUCCUGCUGGAGCUCCUGGCCAUCACCGGCACCAUGGCCUACAGCAUCGCUAACAGGUUCCCUUUCAGCGCCUGGGGCGAGGCUCUCUUCCUCAUGCUGCAAACGGUGACCAUCGGGUUCCUGGUGCAACAUUUCGCGGGCCGCACAGCACAAGGCCUGACCUUCCUCUUGCUCUAUUUCGGAGCCCUCUCCUUCCUGCUGUCUCCUCUCAGCCCCCUGGCUGUCGUCACAGUGCUGCAGGCUUCCAACAUGCCCGCGGUCACCAUAAGCAGGCUCCUGCAGGCAGCCACCAACUAUCGCAAUGGCCACACGGGGCAGCUGUCCGCCAUCACGGCCUUCCUGCUUUUUGCGGGCUCCCUGGCCCGAAUCUUCACCUCCAUCCAGGAGACGGGAGACCCGCUGAUGGCCCUCACCUACGUGGUCUCCUCAGCCUGCAACGCCCUCAUCACGGCCCAGCUGCUCUACUACUGGGACGUCCCCGUCGACAAGCGCAAGAAGGAAUAGGAGCAGGUGGUGGAGCCCAGACUGCCGUGGGAAGGCGGUUUUCUGAGCCAGGGCUCCCACCAAGAAGAGGGACCGGACUGUCUGUUUCCCUUUGGUGGGGAUUCCAGGGGAGUCAGCCAGGAGACUUUUGGGGGCGGGGUGGUGGUGGAGCAGAGGGGGCAAUGGAGAUUCUUCUACCUUUAGGGCUUUUUAUUAUUAUUAAACAUACCCCUGUUCCUUGCA